AAAUAUAAAGAUGUAAAUAAAUUAUGCACCCCCAUAGAAAAAAAGUGAACUAGUCAAUAAAGGCAUAAAGCUAUUCACAUGAGCAGUUAGUCCUACUACCUAUACUACACCGUAGCCCCCCUGCACUGCAGCAGCAGCAGCAGCAGCUCUUCAUAAAUUAAUCAUCAUUAUUUUUUUUAUGCUUCUUUCAUUCCGUUAAUUCCGGAUUUUCCCCCACCCCUAAUCCUCCGCACUGUACAUCAAUGGCGGACUGACUGAGCAUAUAUAUAUCUUCCCUCUCGUUCCAAUUGUUUUAUAUAUAUAUAUAUAUUUAAUUACAAGGAGGAUGACAGGGGGUGGUGCGGCGCGGAUGCCGUCGUGGAAGGAGAGGGAGAACAACAAGCGUCGCGAGCGGCGCCGGAGGGCCAUCGCCGCCAAGAUAUUCGCCGGCCUCCGCCUCUACGGCAACUACAAGCUCCCCAAGCACUGCGACAACAAUGAGGUUCUCAAGGCUCUCUGCGACGAGGCUGGCUGGACCGUCGAGCACGACGGCACCACCUACCGCAAGGGAUGCAGGCCAGUCGAGAACAUGGAUACAAUGGAAACUUCGUACAAUCCAAGCACGCACACUUCCUACAAUCCAAGCCCACACACUUCAUACAAUCCAAGCCCACACACUUCAUACAAUCCAAGCCCAGCUUCUUCCUCGUUUCCGAGCCCAGUUUCUUCCAUUUAUGCCCCUAGCAUAAUCGCAGACGGUAAUUCCCUAAUCCCGUGGCUCAGAAACCUCUCGUCUUCAUCUUCUUCAGCCACGUCGUCAUCAAAAUUCGUGCACCAUCACUACAUGCACAACAGCGGCACCGUCAGUGCUCCUGUAACCCCUCCUCUAAGCAGCUCCCCAACCGCCCGAGACCUUCUAAUCAACGCCGACCGGGCUAAUUCCUUUGCCCGCCCGUUUCUUCCCUUGUCCACACCUCCAAGCCCCGCCCGCCACACCACCCUACCCGCAAGACCCUACCCGUACCCGAUUCAGAGCGGCCCAACCUCUCCGACAUUCAGCCUCGUUUCUUCGAACCCAUUUGGAUUCAGAGUGGAGGAUUUGAGCCGAAGUGGGUCCCUCAUGUGCACUCCAGGGCAGAGUGGCACGUGCUCGCCUGUUAUUGGUGCAUCGGAUAUUCCAAUGGCUGAAGUGAUUCCGAACGAAUUUGCAUUUGGGAGCAACACGAAAGGUCUUGUGAAGGCCUGGGAAGGAGAGAGAAUUCACGAGGUAUGUGGUUCGGACGAGCUUGAGCUCACUCUUGGAACCUCGAAAACCAGGUAAUGAUUGACUGUUUGUUAGUCCGAGGAAGAUUUGCCACUCUGUUGUUAUACAAGUUUGAGGCCACAACUGAACACAUCAUUUUUAGUUGUAUUUUAAGGUGUGAUAAUAACCCAUGGUUUCAGUUGAUUUUGAAACCUUUUAAUGUCGAUGAACACCUUGCAAUGCAUGCGCAUGAAAA